AUGUGGCGCUUCUUCUGCAUGGGGGCGUGGCCCACUUACGCCGGCUUCCGGGAGGGCGAGGUGACUCUGCGGGCCUUCGCGGCCGGGGUCUUCGCCUCCGCCCUCAACAGCGGGGUCUGGGGGCAGAUCGUGUCGUGGUACCGGUGCUGCUGGGCGGAUCGCGGGACGCUGUGGCUCACGUACGAGGACCUGUCGGAGCGCCCGGCGCGGUCGAUCCAGCAGCUGGCGGAGUUCCUCCUGCCAGACUUGCAGGACGUGCUGAGCAGGGACCCCGCGCUGCUGGAGAGGGUACAGGCCUCCACCACCAAGGAGGCCAUGCUCCAGCACAAGGAGCAGUUCGACGAUCACUUCGUCCUCUCGUGUCUCGAUCCCUUCAGGCAUGGCGACAUGUUGAACCGUAGGCCGUACGUGAACAAGGUGCAGCCCCCGCUCGCUGGUGCUCCCGGGGGCAUCAGGCCCGACGGGGAGAUCGCCGCGCUGCUGGAUGGCCGGUGGGCCCACUCCGUGGAGCCCGCCACCGGCUUCCGGACCUACGCCGAGCUCCGGGCCGCGAUCGGCGGCAGGGCGAACUGGACGGGCGGAGGACUUCGCCGCGGCCAGCGUGGAGGUGGAGGCUCGGCGGCAGAGCCCAGAGUCCCAGGGGCACCCCCGUCUCGCGGUGGCCGUGCUGGCGCUGGCGCUGGUGGGGCUGCUGGCGCUCGGGCGGCGGCGGCGCUGGGGCCCCUGGGCCGUGGACCUGGUGCAGCGGGCGCUGCACCGCUGGCGGGCGAGUGGCCCCGUCCUGCCGCGUGCGGCCGCCGCGGGCAAGGCGGCCAAGGCGGGCUCGGGCCGCCCCGCGGGGCUGCGGCGCCGCCGCGGCGAGGGCGAGGGCGAGGAGGAGAGUGCGCGGGCGGCGAGCUGCAGGAGAAGGCGAAGGGGUGGCACGCCCCCAGCAGGGCCGCCAUCGCCCUGGGCCUGGGCCUGGCGCUGGUGCUGGCGGUCGCGCUGGCCUUCUGGGGGCUCACGGCCCGGCGGGCCGAGGCGGCGAGGAGCGUGAAGGCGGCGCGGGCGCUGUGCCAGCACUGGCACCCCGAGGAGUGCCGGGCGCCGUUGGCCGAGCUGGUGGAGGGGGACAGGGCCGCGCUGGUGGUGUCGUGCUUCAACGAGGACCUCAGGUGGCUGGAAGCCGCGCCGCGGGGAAGGGGCAGCGCAUGGCGGGUGCUGCUGAGGAUGUCCCUGGCCCGAACAUGGGUCUACAUGCACAACCACACCGGCCAGCAGGCACACCUCAGCGCGUUCUGGUCCGGCGGGAGGGGGGGCGGCCCGCGGGUCUCGGAGAGCGACGCGGCCGCGCUGCGGGCCGAGCUGGAGGACGCAGGGGCCGCUCGCUUCGUGGACAUCCCCAACGUCGGGGACGAGGCCACCGCGUACCUGCGGUUCCUGGUCGACCACUACGACGCGCUGCCCGAGGCGGUGGUCUUCUCGCACGGGCACCAGUCCUCCCAGAAGCACGCCCGCUUCGACAUGGCCGAGCUGCUGCGGUGCCUCUGCACCGACGCCGAGCCGGGCGGGGCCGCGCGGGUGUACCGCAGCCUGAACUCGGGCAUCUCCGCGGAGCCGAUGUGCUUCCGCGUGGAGGGCCGCGGCCGCGGCGGGUCCGCCCGUCGAGACAGGCUGGACGAGCCGCGGGGGAUCAUCAGGAAGCACUGGGCGGCCUACUUCGCCCCGUUCCUAGGCGCCGCGCCGCCUGCGGUCUUCUGCAUGGACUGCUGCGCGCAGUUCCUGGUGUCUCGGAAGGAGGUGCAGGCGCACCCGCGCGCGCUGUACGAGACGCUCUUGGCUGGCGUGCUGAGCAAGAAUAUCACGGGCCUCGAGAUGGAGAUAUUCUGGAGACUGCUCUUCGUGGGCCCCGAGGAGCGCGACCCCGCUGGAGUCCCUCGCCGCGCCCGCCCCCGCCGGCCACCACCACGGGAGCCCCCACAGGCCGGGUGCCCGGAGGGGCCACAGGCGCAGCAGCUGACGCGGCCCGCCGCCGGCGCCGCGGCCCGCCGCCGCGCCGUCGCGGGGCCGCAGAGCGCCGACGGAGCCGCGUGGCCGCCGCAACUGUUCUCCUCGCCGCGCGCGCUCCACGGCCCGCAGAUCGCAGGAGCGCCCAAGAGCGCGCUCCAGGAGUGGCCCGAGAGGGAAGGCCCCGAGGCGGCAUUCUUUGUGGACAGCUCUCCUCCGCGAGCCGUGGGAAGGCGCUCGCGUAUCUUCGAGGCCCUGGCCGCCUGA